AUGCAUUAGAGAGUAAUAACAAAUGAGAGUCCAUAUCACAGAUAAAUUUACAUGCGACCUCGUCUCUAAUCUCAAGACCCAGGUCGUAGGGUCUUGACAGAAAAUGAUACCAAGACUAACAUUUCAAGGAAACUUACGAAAUUCGACUUUGAUUCUGUGCUAACUAUUAGAACAAGCAAGGGGAGCAAAAAGUUUAAGCCACAACGCUUUGAAGUCAAACCAAUAGUAAGGUAUUUAAGCAAAGUUUAGAAAACUGAAGUCGACUCGGAGUUGGAGACCUAUCAAAGAAUGGUUCUGGCUAAAAUGAAGGAGAAGAAUAUUCUACCAAAACAACGUUCGUUAAGCAAUGCUACUCCACAACAAAAGAGCUAGGAUCGUUAUGCUUCCUUAGAUUCACAAAAUAGAAUAAACAAAUAAUAAAAUCAGAAUGUGCAUCCUAAGAUUUUGUGGGAUAUGUCCGAAGAUGAAUGGUAAUAAUUCGGGGAUCGAUUCCCUCAACAUUUUGAAAAGAAGAAGUUGCUUGGCAGAGGAGGCUUUUCAUUGGUAUGGUUAGGAGAACAUAAAAGAACCAAAGAAAAAUUUGCCAUCAAAUAGAUCCUCUCUACUAACACUCAUCAAUCCCAUAUGAAGGAAAUCUGGUUUGGCAUUCAUUUCUUCUAAGAUGGCCAGCCUAAAAAGCAAUUCUCCAAUUUUCCAGGUUGCAAAAAUUUAGUACGCUUCUUGACUUACGACAUCAAACCUCAAGACACUUGGAUCUUCUAAGAAAUCUGUGGUGAAAGUCUUGGAAAUCAUCUUUAUGAUCUCAAAGGAAAAAAUGUUAAUAACGAACGCAUGUACAGGUUAACACUCAAACCUCUCUAUAACACUUUCAGAAAAGAUUUAACAGAACUCAAAAAACUCAUCCGAGAAUUAGCCUAGGCUCUUGAUCUAUUACAGGAUUAAAGAAUAGUUCAUUCUGAUCUUAAGACUGAAAACAUUCUUGUUAAGAAAAUCAAAAAUGAGAACGAUUUACAUGAACUAACCUAAAUUAAAUUGAUCGAUUAUGGCAGCAGUUUCCCUUUUGAUGAUUUGAAAUAGUUUUCCAUGGCCACACCAGAAUAUAUGUGUCCAGAAAUACUCAACUAUAUCUUAUAUGAAAAUUAGAUGAAUUACCGUCCUUGUUUAAUGAAAUACCUAAAAAAUUACAAGAAACCUUGGGUCAUUGAUGUUUGGUCUCUUGGUUGUGUGGUACUUGAGAUCAUCUCAGGAAUCCCACUCUGGAUGAGUCUUAAAACUAUUGUCACCAAAAAUGGAAAAGAAAUUAUCGAUUAUGGAUUAUUUGCUGUUAAGGGUAGAGUUUUUGAUAAGAUUAUUGAUCGUCAGAUGGAAGUUAUUUAAAAUUUAGAUAGUUAUAUUGAUAAAAAUUAUUCUGGUAUUAAAAUAGAUAAUUAAAUACGAUUUGUCUUGAAAGAAAUGUUAAAUUUGGAUCCAGAGAAAAGGUUAUCCCCAAAGCAAAUAGUUGAAUACUUAUCCACAAGGAAGGAAUACCUUACAACUCAUUGA